UUCGCAAGCGAUAUCAGAAGAUGCGGCGGACUGAUAGUAUGAGGAGCACUCUCCUGCCGAUCCUCCGGUGCCUGCUCCUAAUAUCUCCUUACAGCAUCUCGAGUGAAGCUCUUGUUAGAGGCUUCUUCGAGAGACUUGAAGUAAGUGGGCAAGAUGGCCGAUUAUGAGACGUACGACCUGGGCGACUUCAAGCUACAGAGUGGUGCUGUCUUGCCGGGAGCAUGGAUAGCAUACAAGACUUAUGGUAAACCUGGCGCACCAGCAGUUUGUUAUCCGACCUGGUACUCCGGGCUCAUCUCUGACAAUGAAUGGCUGAUCGGCGAGGGCAAGGCGCUGGAUCCCCAAAAAGUGUUCAUCAUCAUCCCGGCAUUGUUUGGGAAUGGGCAGUCCAUCUCCCCUUCAAACUCCAAGAUAUCUCCAUUUCCGGACGUCACGUUCUAUGACAAUGUCAGAGCUCAGCAUCAGCUUCUGACCCAGAAACUCGGGGUCAACCAUCUCCGCUGCGUGACAGGAUGGUCGAUGGGCGCCGGCCAGUCCUUCCAGUGGGCUACUCAAUAUCCCGACUUCAUGGAUAUUUGCGUGCCUUUCUGCGGCUCUGCAAAGACAUCACUGCACAACCAAGUCAUGCUCGAAGGAGUCAAGUCGGCCUUGUUGGCCGCCAAGGGCGUUUCCUCCGCAGGCAGCACGUUCGGCAGGGUUGAAACAAAGGGUUCCGAAGUCCGUAUCUGGAGUGAGCAGGAAAAGACUGUCGGUCUGAAAGCAUUUGGCCGCGUCUACGCUGGUUGGGGUUUCAGCCAGGCAUUCUACCGCCACAAACUGUACGAGAAAGCAUAUGGUGUCAAAACUCUGGAAGAGUUCAUGGUCAAAUUCUGGGAAGCCUGGGGGUUGAGUAAGGAUCCCGAAAAUUUGCUUGUCAUGUUGCAUACGUGGCAGGCCGGAGAUGUGAGCCUACAAGAGCCAUAUAACGGCGAUUUUGAGAAAGCUUUGGGCAGUAUCAAGGCCAAAACCUUGGUUCUUCCCAGCAAGACCGACUUAUACUUCCCACCCGAAGAUUCUGAAUACGAGGUUCAGAACAUGGCACCUGGAGUGGGCUCUUUGGAGGUCUAUCCGUCCAUCUGGGGCCACUGGGCGGGAGGUCCGCCAGGAAAUCAGGAGGAUGCGAAGUGGCUGGAUGAAAGAUUGGCGAAGCUGUUCGCUGAAGCUCCGAAGCUGGGCUGAUCACAGGUACCGUCGCAGUAUUUGAAAUAGUUGGGCCGUCUAUUGUGAUGCAAAGAGCUAGCAGGCCAAUGCCUCUAGUAUUUGCGACCCACAAUACCUGUGUUGGGACGCAAUGGCAUUGAAACUGAACCCUCCAUGUAUCUGUGUUAUACACCCCUUGGCAGGUAGGUAGUACAUGAACACAAGGCUCGUAAAAGAACAAUCGGAGUGGAACUUGUACUAUGGUCCCAAAAUAGCAUAGUCAUCCUUGGCAUCCCCGGUUUCUCUUUUCGGCGAAUCCGCUUGCCGCCUCAUGCAAGCAACUGCG